CCAAGGGCUGAUACGAGAAGGGAUGAGGAGACGGACCUACUGAAUCACAGUGAGAGAAGAAGGGGAAGCAGUCGUAGGAACUCAACGAAGAAGAAGAGAAAGAUCAUGAACAAGAAGGAGAUUUUCAAGUUGGCGAAGGGUUUCAGAGGAAGAGCGAAGAAUUGCAUAAGGAUAGCGAGGGAGAGAGUGGAGAAGGCUCUUCAGUACUCUUACAGAGACAGGCGCAACAAGAAGCGUGAGAUGAGGUCUCUCUGGAUCCAGCGCAUCAACGCCGGCACUCGUCAACACGGGGUUAACUACGGAAACUUCAUGCACGGUCUGAUGAAGGAGAACGUCCAGUUGAAUCGGAAGGUCCUCUCCGAGCUGUCGAUGCACGAACCUUACAGUUUCAAAGCCCUUGUCGACAUCUCUCGUAACUCAUUCCCGGGAAACAAGAACAUUGUCCAAGCUUCUCGGAAAAUAGACAUUUCUUCCAUCAAUGCCUGAAGAAGACUCAGGCCGGUUUGCUCGAACAGAUGAGUAUCCAUUAGCAGCAGCCACUCUUAUGCUUCUUGGCUUAAUUUUUAUGGCUCCCCCCUUCUUGUCCGAGUUUAUGCGAAUUAUAUGAUACCGUAUUUUUUUUCAUUAGGAUAUUCCCUUCCCCAGCACCCCCACUAGAUGGGGAUACGAACUGGGUUGGUCCUUUAAAUGAUGAAAAUGCAUCAUUUUGUGACA